AUGGACAUGGGUUCUAUCUCCGACCUACCGGCGUUCGCCCACGACGCGCCUGCCAAGUUCACUGUACCGCCGGCGCCGGCGUGGACGUACGCGCAGAAGGUUGACGCCACCCCCGAAGGCUGUGAAUGGGUUGCCGGUGAGAAGUCCGGUUUUCAUGGCGUCGAUCCCGCGACGACGGAUCGCACGAAAUUGUACGCGCUCAUGACCAGCGGGAUUGUCCCUCGCCCGAUCGCGUUUGUGUCCAGCAUAUCCGAGGACGGCGUAGAGAAUCUCGCUCCGUUCAGCUGGUUUAACAUGGUUGCGCCCGAUCCGCCCCUCAUCUCCUUUGCGGUAAGGCACGAGCCACGUGCAGACGGGUUGAAAGACACGCUGCGAAACGUGCUGAAGACGAAGGAGUUUACGGUGAAUAUCAUCAGUCACGCGUUUGUCGAAAACGCAAACGCCACAGCGGUAGACGCACCUGCAGAGAUCAGCGAGUGGCCGCUGAGCGGACUGACGAAGGAGCCGAGUCUUAAGGUGAAAGCCGCGCGUGUGAAGGAGAGUGCAUUUAGCAUGGAGUGCGAGCUGUUCCAGUCGCACGACAUCGUGCACCCUGAGUCGGGCGAGACGACGUCGACGCUGGUGCUCGGGCUCGUGAAGUACAUCCACGUGCGCAAGGAUGUACUGAACGAACGCGGGCUUGUCGACCCGGUGAAGCUGAACGCCGUAGCGCGUUUGGGGGACAUCACAUAUGCGCGCCAGGGCGACCUGUUCCGCAUCCCGCGCCCAACGUGGGCGGCGAAUGGCGAGGUGAUCAGUGGGUUGCAGUGA